AUGGCUCAAACUUAUUGCGUUAAGUGCCGUACUAAAACGAAUUCUGCAUCUGAAAAAUUGGAAACUACUGAAAGUGGUCGAAAAAAAUUAAUUGGCAAAUGUGUUGUUUGUGGUACUAAUAAACAUACUUUUGUAUCUAAGGAUGGAUCGAUUAAAUUAAAGACUCCUGCUGAAGAAGCUAUUGCUAAGGAAAAAAAGGAAAGGACCAAAGAGAAUAAGAAGGCCUUAAAACUCGCUAAGAAGAUUAUGGCAGAGAA